AUGAAUUCAUCUCUCCCUUCGGCUAGGAAAUUACGUAAUCACAAUGGUAAGACACAUAUCAUCAAUAUUCAUAUGCGACCAGAUUUUGAGAGAAUUCUCGAAAAUGAUUGCACUCUGCAAUGUUUUCGAAAUUUUGCCAAUUCUCAACACGUGUUGGAGUCUUUGGAUUGUUUGGUGGAUAUCAAACGCUACAAACAGAUGGUGUUGAAAUUAUAUCCUCAAAUGAAUUUGGAAGCUAUGGGUGGACGACGAUUUUCCACUCUCAGUAAUCAAUCAUCGAAUGGGAGUAGCAGUAAUUAUAUCAAUCAUCAUUCCACACGGCCAUCUUCUCCUCAUUCAACAACAACAACAACAACGGAUGGAAUGACCUCUCCUUCCUCCUUCAGAAAUGUUAUAACAUCCACUCCUAAUGGCUCCCAGGUUGAGAAUAACAUAAACUCUCCGCCGACUUCACCUUCUUCACAAUCCUCUGUGAUUGAUUCUUGCUUUACUCCUUCGUGUGCCUCACCUAAAAGUGUCUCCAAAUAUGGAUCUUUCAAAAAGUCGUUCUUUUCUUCUUUUUUCUCCAUUAGUAAGGACUAUCAUCACAGUAGUGAGAGAGAAUUAGAAACCAUGAUGGAUUCUCCAAAGGAACUGCCUGAGCUUAAUAACAACACUUCCUUCCAACAUUCGAGUACAAACAGCAAUCAUCAUAUUAAUACUAGUGACGACAUGACAAACAACAAACAGGAAUCCUCUAGAUCCGUUUCUAGACGAUCCUCUCUAAGGAAAAAACGACCUCCCAUUCAACUUGAAAAGACAGAUUCCCCUUCAGAGGUUGUAACGAGUGAAUAUUUCGGAAAACCCAAUCAUGAUCUCAGCACAUAUUCAAGGCGAGACAGUAUGGCAGGUGCUGCUUUGGAAACGAACCACUCUGAAGAUCCAAAACCCUUCUCACUCUUUGACGACGCAACUUCCAUCACGAGUUAUGAAACGAGUACUUCCAUGUCAGUUCGUUCUCCCUUGUCCUUUUUUCGUAUUUCCAACCAGGAUCAUGAAAAGGAACGACAAUUACAGGAAAAACUCUACUACUUUGCCUUGCAAAUGGUGGAGAAUUACAUUAAGGAUGGAGCGCCGUAUGGAAUUAACGUGGAUGGAUCAACGAAACGACACAUUGAAAAUCAUGAGAGUCUAGCCUCCAUGAAUCGCUUCACGUUUGAUAUGGAUUUUAUGAGCAAGUACAAUCUAUUCAAUCGAGUCGAGUUGCAAUUAUUACUCCUCAUUAAAGGAGAUGUAUUGCCUCGAUUUGCCCAAUCGGAACUGUGGCAAGAAUUUGUCUUGAAAAACGGCAAGCUAGCCGAUGCGUGUUGUUAUCCUGAGGAUUUACAACGAGUGGAGCAACUCAAAUACAGAAAGGCUGAUUUCCUACGAGAAUUCAUUACGAAUAAGGAUUUAGAAUUUAGUGAGAUGGCUGCAGGAGAUAUGAGCUGUUUGCAACACAUGCUAGGAUCGGAAGACUUGAGUGUGUUUUUUAGUAAGGGUCAUCAAUUUGUCGACACUAAUGAGGUUGGUGUUGGACCGUUCAAUCUUGCAAAGGUCAUUGGUUUUCUAGAUUUCCCAGCUGAAGUAGUAGUGGCAGCUCAAUGUUCCACAUAUGCCACGAAAAAGUUUCUUCCCACCACGAAAUUUGAUCAGACUCUAGAGGGAGUUGAGAUGCCAUUUCUUCCUCAUGAGUAUGAAGUGGUGGAUUUUUCAGAUGAAUCCAAAAAGCAUAUUUAUCCAAGUUGGCUAACAAAGUUUAACGUUGCAUUUCCAAAACCAUUUGGUAUGAGAACGUGUUAUGCAGCUGGCUAUCUUGAACGAAGACAAGUAUCCAGUUGCUACAAAUAUCUGAAAAAGAAUGGCAAGAUGGGUUCAAAAAAGACGACGAACAGCCUUUUCAUUAGUGUUCAUGUGACAACACCCGUUUCAAAAGACAGAUGCCACAAUAUCCAUUUGGCAGUAAUGAAUGCAGGAGGAUUUCUCAACAUUCUUGCAGCCAUGCUCUACAAACAAACAGUGGGCAAAGUGAGCGCUCAAGGCCAAAGCAACACCAUUCACGAAAUGAACGAAUUAAAGAAAGAUCGGUAUCAAAAUAUCGAAGACGGAUACAACAGAGCCAAACAUUUUCUUUCCCUCACGCUUCAAAGAAUGGGAAAGACAUUGGGAGUGGACUGUCCCUUUCCUCAUUCGUUUGAUCGGCUCCAACGAUAUGCCGAUGUAAGAUAA